AAAAUCUCUCUCUCUCUCUCUCUAAAAGGUCACUUCCACAUAUAUCACUCCUCUGCGGAUCCCCUCGAGCCGAACCAGCGAAGAAAAGAAGGCAAACCCGUCUCGGCGGUUCGGCGUAGGGUUCUCCUCUUCGGGCUUCCGAUACUCCCCGUUCCGUUUCCGUUCCUCUGCAGCUCCGCGCGCGACCUUCAAAACCCAGGAAGAUGCAAUGCGGAGCCUCUCCUUCUCGAUUGAUUUCUGGAGCUAAGAAGCGUCCUUUCCUCUUUUUUGAUUUUUUCUGAUUGCUCUGCUUUUACGCCCCCCGUUUUGUCGAUUCCUCCUUUUGGCUUGCUCCGAGGAUCGAUCCUGCCUCGGCCUCUCGUUUGUCUUUGAAAAAGAUUCAGACCCCUUUCGAGCUUCGGGGUCUUUUUUCUGUUUUUCCUCCUCCGUUUGGUGGCUCCGUUUCUGGGUUGAUCUGCGCCGAGAUGGCGGAACAGGGUCAAGGGAGGAGUUAUGCGUGCAAGCUCUGCGGGAAAAGCUUCGCCAGCGGAAGAGUCUUGGGAGGCCACGUCAGGAGCCACCGCGCCACGACGGCCUCCAAACCGGCCAAGAACCAGAGGUCGCCCCUCCGCGGCCACGAGACGGAGUUUGCUUGGAGUCUCGUGAAUGAAUGUUGGGUCUGUGGGAAAGGGUUUCGGUCGCGUCGCGCUCUGUUCGGCCACAUGAGACUCCACCCAAGAAGCGAAAGAGGAAUGGAUGCUUUUGUGGUUCUUCCUCAAGAAUGUGAUCAGGCGUUUGAGCCGCAGGGCUCUUUGUGUGCCCAUUCGAGGUCUCAGCUCGAGAAACUGAGGAUCUUUAAUAGGAUGGACGCUGAUACGCCACAAUCCUCGUCUGGAACAUCUAGCGAGAUUUGGCGGCCAGACGAGGAAGAGGCAGCGGCUUCUCUUUUGAUUCUCUCUAUGGGCGCUGUGGCGUAUCGGAUGAAGAGAAAGGACGUAGGACACCGCGAGGAUGGUGGAACAAAGCUCAAGAAGGUGAGAUAUGAUCACACUGAUCUGGGGUCUGCAGAUAAUGAAGUUCACAUCGAGAUGCUUCUCAGGGGAGUAGAAUUCCAGAAUGUCGCAGAAAAGGGUGAUUCUGUGUACGGUGGUGGUGAAUUUGAGAAGGGAUUUGACGGCGCCCUGAGUUUCAAGCUCGAUGGAGUCGUAACCGAAGCAACAGAGGUGGUCAAGCUAGGCCAACCCCGCUCCUGCAAGACGACGACUUUCACCGCCGGUUCUGAGAGAUCUGAUGAUUCCCCAAGAAAGAAGGAGUACAAGUGCAAGAACUGCAGCAGGGCAUUCCCAUCUCACCAGGCACUCGGAGGCCACUGUGCGCACCCCGGGAAGAGAGGGAGCUCCUGCUCUGCAAUACCGAAUGACGCGGAGAUACGCGGGGCUAGCCGGGGUAAAGGGAUUGCAUCGGGAAAGGCCUGCGGCGGUCACAAGAGCAGUGCUCAUCGCCUGGUAGCGGAGGAGGCAGGAGGCUAUGCGGCCAAAGCCAAACUGGACAUCCCCGAGAAGCUGGAGAUCUCAGCAGGCUUAACCAGGCUGAUCGAUCUCAAUGUGCCAUUUGAGCUCCAAGGAGGAGGAGAAGAUGGUGCUCAUCCUCUGCUCAAGAGGUGUCUGGUAAGAGAGCACGAGCAUGGGGCUCUGGUGGGUCCUGUGGUGUAGAUAGAAGUCGACUGCAGAUUUGUUUUAGAGCUCUACCAAGCAAGCAGCUGAAGAAGGAGAUACACAAGUUACAGUACAGUACAGCUACAACAGAUGCCAUCGCUGGGGCUGUAAAUGAGUUUCGAUGAUCCUGUACCAGUGUACAGUGAGCCAACUUUUGCUUUUCCUAUUGCUUAUAUGCCUUGUUGUCCUUCGGUUCUGAUUCAUUCCCUUUGAUCUGGUGGGAAAAAUCCUGUUUUUUUUAAGUCUUUUGCUU